GGCGGGACUUUAGCUGUGGCAAAAACAGGAAGUGCUGCUUAACAACUACUUUGGAAACUUUCGCCCACAGCCGGCUGUAAAGACUAUUAUGUUUAUUUAUUUCAUGUAAGGAUUCUAUUCAUGUUUACGUGUUAGUUUUUAUUUGACUGUUGCCCAGAGACUUUCGACGGUUCAGUCAGCAUGGACCACCAGCCCCGUUUGUUUACAUGGUGAAUCAGCUGACGACCUAACGCUAGCAAUCUGCUUUUUUUUUAUACCGAGUCAUAUGAGCUGUUAAUUAUCCACUGGCCGUGUCUUCAUGAAUGAAACGCAACAUUAGUGAAGGAGUUAACCAACAUUUACACGACUGAAGGGUUGUUUUAGGCCACAGUGAGCCGUCCAAAGAGCAACAAUGCGAAGCUAACGUUUAUUCCCUGAAGUGUUAGCAGCGUUGGUCGGACGAGUUCAAGUGUUUUGUCACCGGAUCAGCGGCCCUGCAGCGUCUUCAUGACAAGAUGCCUUGUUCCUGUGGGAACUGGAGAAGAUGGAUUCGGCCUCUGGUCGUUGUACUGUAUAUCCUGUUGUUGAUAGUCGUCCUGCCGUUGUGUAUCUGGGAACUGCAGAAGUCAGAGGUCGGCACUCAUACCAAAGCAUGGUUCAUCGCUGGGAUAUUCGUCUUCAUGACCAUACCCAUAUCGUUAUGGGGCAUCCUCCAGCAUCUGGUGCACUACACUCAGCCAGAGCUUCAGAAACCCAUCAUCAGGAUAUUGUGGAUGGUCCCGAUCUACAGCUUGGACAGUUGGAUUGCACUGAAGUAUCCCAGCAUAGCAAUUUAUGUGGACACGUGCAGAGAAUGCUACGAGGCGUACGUCAUCUACAACUUCAUGAUCUUCCUGCUCAACUACCUGGAAAAUCAGUACCCCAGUCUGGUGUUGAUCCUGGAGGUCCAGGAGCAGCAGAAACACCUUCCCCCUCUCUGCUGCUGCCCGCCGUGGCCGAUGGGAGAGGUUUUGCUGUUGAGAUGCAAACUUGGAGUUCUGCAGUACACGGUGGUGAGACCCGUCACCACGAUUAUUGCUUUAAUCUGUGAGCUGUGUGGAGUGUAUGACGAAGGCAAUUUCAGUUCAAAAAAUGCCUGGACUUACCUGGUCAUCUUCAACAACAUGUCACAGCUGUUUGCCAUGUACUGCCUGGUGCUGUUCUACAGAGCUCUGAGAGAGGAACUGAGUCCAAUCAAACCAGUGGGCAAAUUCCUGUGUGUCAAAAUGGUGGUGUUUGUCUCUUUCUGGCAAGCUGUGCUCAUUGCUUUGCUGGUGAAAGUGGGCAUCAUCUCAGAGAAACACACUUGGGACUGGCAAAGUGUGGAGGCUGUAGCUACCGGCUUACAGGAUUUCGUCAUAUGCGUGGAGAUGUUUCUCGCCGCCAUCGCCCACCACUUCAGCUUCACCUACAAGCCGUACAUCCAGGAAGCCGAGGAAGGUUCUUGCUUUGAGUCUUUCAUGGCGAUGUGGGACAUUUCUGAUGUCAGAGCAGACAUUUCUGAACAAGUCCGCAACGUUGGGAGAACAGUUAUGGGUCGUCCCAGGAAGUCCUACUUCGGCGAGGCACAAAAUGACGGCGAGCGCUCCGGUUUGCUCUCUUCAGGAUCUCAAGACGCCAUCACCGAAGCAGCAUCCAACCCAGUUUCCCCUAAUGGUCAGUAUCAGGGUCUGGGGAAAACCCUCACGCCGCACUCCUUGUCGGCACCCGCUGAGCUCGGCUCAGUCCUGUGGGAUGAAGGGUAUGAGGCCAGACCUGAGGAAACCCCGGACGAAGAAAGGACCGACCAAACCAAAGAACCAGCAGAGGCAGAUCUUAUUGUGAUCACCUAGUUUGAUGCUGGUGAUACAGACUCUAGCGGAUAUGGCCGGGUAGGACCCAGAGCCUGGCCGUGUUCCUUCAGACGUUACUGAUACAAGCAGAACAACAAAACGUGUUUAAAAGGGCACAUCCACCAAGUAAUAGUAGAAGUUUGCCAACAAAUGCAAAACCAAAUGGACCUCUCUGCCAGUGACAGCUCCAAGAAUGUUCGGUGAAGAUAUGGCACUAAAAGACUUGUAGAUAACAUGCAUUUUAUGCCGUUUCAUGUUGGACUAGAGAAUUGUGUGGCUCAGCAGGCUUUUAGAAUCCAUUUUAAUUGGGAAAGACAUGAAGUCAGUUUUAACACGCAUCCCCAAACGCAUAUUUUCUUCAAAGAACCCGGUCUGUGUGCUGUUGUGUUUCCCGAUACGAGAGCGUACACGACUUCUGCAGAAGUCUGAGGGAAACACGGAGAUGUUUUCCAUGUGGAAAAUUGGUACAUAAUUUUAUGUGUCGGUCGUGUCCCGAUCUCAAACGUGAUAGACGAGAAAGAGAAAUAUGCAAUUUUUAAAACACAUAGCAGUUUCCUCAUAUUGUAUCUUGGUUUAUAGGCGGUUCAAUGAGUCGUCAUUAAUCCAAUUCAAUAAUACUGAAAGCACAUUAGAUGUUCAGAAUAUUUUUUUUUGUCCUAGCUAGUAAAUGUGGAGAAAUCAAAUGGUGUUGGUUUGAGUACCUGCUGAGAGAUGCGUACUAUCAAUACAGUAUUGAUACAAAUACAGUGUAUUUCUUAAGGGUUUGACAAGAUACUAUAAGUACAGUCCAAGUAUUUCAAAAAAACUCACAAUUCAGCCUGAAACAGUACAAUCAGCACACUGAAGUAGAUUCUUCUCAAUGCUUUAUUGCAUAUAGCUUACUCUAUAGUGUUUAAAUUGGUUCACUAGUCUUAUCAGAUGCCUUGUUAAAUGUGCCAUGGAACUAGCCUCUCCACUGUAGGAGUUCAGCAUUUUUAUUCCAGGAUCUGUUUUGUUUGACGAGAUGUUUUCCAUCCUUUUUUAGCCGACGAGCUGGGAUAACUUUGCAGCUUUUGCACUGAAGCCAUUUGUUCUCCUCAUAUCAUUUACAAGCUCAUUCUUUUGUUUUUUUCUUUGGACUUACAUGGAUUUGUGCAGGGAUAUUGACAUGAUUAAUGUACAGUUUAGCACGUCGGUGUGUCAGAAGCUACAUAAAUGUAUCAGAUCAGCAGCAUAAUCUGCAUCAUGUGCAGCUCGAGCAUGUUGCAUUGCCUUACGUGAUUUUUAGGAAAAGUAAAACUGACAGAAUUACAUCACAACUGAUGUAAAUGUUCCACGUUUUCAUUUGAUUCCAUCUCUGACAGCGUUGUCAAUAAACCAGAUUACCUAUCA